ACAGAUACAAAACCACCUUAAGACACAUCUACUUUCCCCAAUCCGAUAACCACAUCUCAGUUCUCAUCAUCAUCAUCAUCAUCAAAUGUCAUCCAGAAAUAGCUAUAACCAGCAGUUCUACAGCCGCGAGGCAUCAUCAUCGUCGUCAGAUGACUAUGGAUACUGCUAUUAUCCUCCGAAGAGGGAGGAAGUGCCGCGGUAUGAGAGAGCUUCAUCGUUGCCAUCAUCUAAGGUCUGUGUUACGGUUGGUGAUGAAAAGAUUUGCAGUGAAAAUGUUGACAAUGUAGCUGAGGAGUUCAUAAAGAUGGAGCACAAGAAGUUUGAGUGGAGCAAGACCAUGUCCUCCAUGAGCUUUGGCUAAUAAGGAGCACUACAUGAGAUUGCUAGUUAUGAAAGCUACAAUAAUGAUACUAAUGGAGCUACAAGUGAAAUAAUGUUUUAUGUUUUUCUGUUCUUCCACUUCAAUUUUUGGAUUGAAGUUUGCUACUUUUAUAUGGGGCUGGAAAUAAUUCUUCAGAAACUAUGACUGAUUCUGGUACAUUGUACUACUGUCUCUGUACACAAACUUCUUCUAUAUAAAUAUAAUAAUAUAAAUAUUCCAAUGUC